UCUCAAUCCAGAAACCCCUAAAAAAAUGUCAAAAUUACAAUCACCUUCAUAUAUUCUCAUCCUUUUCUUCCUCUUUGUUCUCUCCCUUUCUUCCACUUUCGAAAUUGUCUCUGCUGGAGUUCACAAAAAGAAAGACUUAACCAAGAAAGAUUUAAUUGAUGCUCCUCUUUUAGACUCAAAGAUUAAGACGAAUCGAACAAUUCUAGUUGGCCCAAAAGAGAGGAUUAAAUCAAUUCAAGAUGCCAUAGAUAGAGUUCCUAAAGGGAAUUCAGAGUGGACCAUUAUUCACCUUCGAGCUGGAAUUUACAGAGAAAAGGUUAUGAUACCAAAAAACAAAGAAAAAAUAUUUCUCAGAGGAAAUGGAAAGGGAAGAACAGCGAUCGUAUGGAGUGAUGGUUCCUCUGAUAACUCUGAGUCUGCUACAUUCACCGUUCACGCGAAUAAUUUCGUCGCAUUUGGAAUCAGCAUCAAGAACGAUGCUCCUCUGUCGGUUAAGGACACACCCUUCAAUCAGUCUGUAGCGGUGAUGGUUGCUGGAGACAAGGUGGCAUUUUAUCACUGUGCAUUUUAUAGUCCUCACAAUACUUUGUUUGAUAACAAAGGGAGGCAUUAUUAUGAGAGCUGCUAUAUUCAAGGAAAUAUUGACUUCAUCUUCGGCCGUGGCCAGUCUAUUUUUCAGAGCUGUGAGAUAUUUGUGCUCGCCGACCAAAGAACGAAGAUCCUUGGCUCAAUUACAUCACAUUACAGGCAAUCAGCCAAAGAAAAAAGCGGCUUUGUUUUUCUUGAAGGAAAAGUGUAUGGAACUGGCAGUGUAUAUUUAGGACGUCCACGAGGAGCUCAUUCGCGCGUAAUUUGGGCAAAAACUUAUCUCUCAAAGUGUAUUGAUCCUCAUGGAUGGACUGAUUGGAGUUAUGAUGGACAUACUGAACAAGUACUCCAAGGAGAGUAUCAAACCAAAGGUCCCGGCGCCGACCCAGCAGGCAGAGUUUCAUGGUCAAGCCAACUCGGAGAAGAAGAAACCGCUCCUUUCAUGACUGUAGAUUUCAUCAAUGGAAAAGAAUGGCUACCAGCUUAUAAUCACUAAAAAAUCAUUGUAAUUAAACUAUACU